CAAUAUGAUAUCGAAUACCUAGCUGAUGUUCUUUCACGACAACACACACAGGUCCUCCACUAGUAUACUGUUUUUACUGUGGAACGAAACCUUAAAUCGUUUACAUUUAUAAACUAUCAUCGUUUCCUUUAUCACAAAUGAUGUCCUGGGAAAGGACAAGUGAUGUCCUUUUAGGGACUUGUGACCCUGGUUGUCAGAUUCUGAGAUUUGAUAGAACUCAUGAGAAAUUGCUUAUGAGGUAAAACCAUGUAGUUUUACCAGUUUUAAGCUGUAAUAUGCCGAAAAAGCAUUGUGGAGGCACUGGGUUCAGAUACCAAGAUGGGAGGAAGCUGUCCUUGAAGGACACACACCACCAUGUAAUUUUAUUCCAUGAUGACUUGAAACUUCUCAGCAGUUCAGGGAACUUUCUUUCCAUCGAUCUUUGAACUUUUCUUCCAUUCAUCUGUGGCAUGAAGCCGGCAGCAUGAGGCAGCGAACAGUGGUGAUGUAUGUGGAGAUCGGCUGCUUUGUGUCCUGUCUGUGUGGCUGGAUGUUGAUCUGUUCCACUCUGGCCACUGAGUACUGGGUCUUCUCUGAGGUCAGCUCUGUAGUUCUGACCACCGGGAAUUACUAUUCCAACCUCUGGAUGGACUGUGUCUCAGACACCACAGGAGUAUCUGACUGUAAAUACUUCCCUUCCAUGAUGGACCUGCCUGUUUUCCUGCAUGUGUGCAGGGCUCUGUCUGUGGUCUCUGUGAUCUUUGGGUUCUGGGGAGCUGUGCUUGCCCUCAUUGGGAUGAAAUGUACCAAAAUCGGAGGCUCUGAACUCGCCAACGCCAGAGUUACAUUCGCAGCAGCAUUGACAUACAUGGCAUCCGGGUUCAGUGGUAUGAUAGUCUACUCCUGGUGGGGAGAUAAAGUGCGUUCAGAAUUUGUGGAUCCAUAUUUCUUAGAAACAAAGUUUGAGCUCGGUGCCGCUCUCUUCAUUGGUUGGGGAGGUUCGUGUCUGGUUAUAUGUGGAAGUGCAGUCAUGUGCUAUUUCUCUGGGAAAGAGUCAUUCCCCAAAAGAUUCAACAAACAACUCAUAAGACCCCCAACCAAAAUGACGGCACGUACCAGACGUACGUACAUGCUGCCCGUCUCGUCCAGACCCACAACAGUCUUCAUCCCUCCUUCACACCAAUCAUACAGUGAGAGAAGAGGAAGAAGAGAGAGUAGAGGGAGGAGAGGAACACAAGGAAGCCAGUUUUCAAGAACCGUCAGACCCAUAAGGCCUCCUAUAGACUCAGCUGUGUAACCCAGUGUUUAAAGAAAUAAUCUAGAAACAUUUGCAAUGUUUGUUGACACUUUUCAAUUAAGAGAG